AUGGAUGCUUUUUAUGUGUUUUUAUUUCUCCCUCCUACUAUUGGAUUAAUUUUUUCCAUAAUAGAAUGCAUAUGGGUAAGUAAUAUAAAUAUUAAAGGACCAGAAGAUAAGGCAGAAAAAUUAGAAGAUGGUGGUAAUCCAGUAGAUAAAAUGAAAGAAAUAGCAUCUUAUAUUGCUGAUGGAGCUAAUGCAUUUCUAAAAAAAGAAUUUCAGUAUUUAGCUGUUUUUAUUAUAGUAUUUUCUAUAUUAUUAGGAUUUUUCGUUAAUACUUAUACUGCUGUUAGUUUCGUUCUUGGUUGUUUAACUUCUAUAUUAUGUGGAUAUAUUGGUAUGAAAAUUGCUGUUUAUGCUAAUGUAAGAACAACAAACGAAACAUGGAAAAGUUUAGAUAAAGGUUUCAAAGUAACCCUUAAUGCAGGAACUGUUAUGGGUUUUUCAUUAGUUUCCUUUGGUAUUAUUGCCUUAGGUUUAUUAAUUGUUGUUUAUAAAACAUAUGUGUUUAAAAAUGCAGUACCAGAUAAUCAAAUAUUUAAAAUUAUAGCAGGUUUUGGUUUAGGUGGUUCAUCUAUUGCUUUAUUUUCAAGAGUAGGUGGAGGUAUUUAUACCAAGGCUGCUGAUGUAGGUGCUGACUUAUCAGGUAAAAAUGAAUAUGGUAUCCCAGAAGAUGAUAUUAGAAAUCCAGCAUGUAUUGCAGAUAAUGUAGGAGAUAAUGUUGGUGAUAUGGCUGGUAUGGGUGCUGAUUUAUUUGGAUCCUUAGCCGAAAGUUUGUGUGCAGCAUUAGUUAUUGGUUCAUCAGUCAUUUCAGUUGCUGAAGGAUCUACUGGUAAUACAUUUCAUUGUAUUUUAUUUCCAUUAUUAUUUGUCAGUUUCAGUGUUAUUUGCAGUAUGAUAACAUUUUAUAUUAUUACAUACUCCGUUAAAAUUAAUGAUAAAAAAGAUGUAGAAAGAUCAUUGAAAUAUUUAUUAUUAUUAUCAACUGUAUUACAAUCACUAGCUAUCCUUGCUAUUGGAUAUGUUUGUUUCCCAAGUUUAGUAAAAUAUAAUUAUUUAAAAGAUAUUCAAAGAUGGAAAAUUAUUGUACCAGCUUUAGUUGGUUUAUGGUCUGGAUUAAUAAUUGGAUUUACUACCGAAUUUUAUACUUCCUAUUCUUUUAGUCCAGUACAAGAAAUAGCAAACACACAAAAAGUUUCAGCUGCAACUGGUAUCAUUUAUGGUUUAUCAUUAGGAUAUAAAAGUACCUUUGUUCCAAUCAUUUGUUUAAGUGCAACACUUGGUAUAUCAUACGGAUUAUGUGAUAUAUAUGGUAUAGCAUUAGCUGCUGUAGGUAUGUUAAGUACCUUAUGUAUUUGCUUAACAAUUGAUGCUUAUGGACCAAUAUCAGACAAUGCUGGUGGUAUUGCAGAAAUGGCUGGUCUCCCAUCAGAAGUAAGAGAAAGAACAGAUAUACUUGAUGCUGCAGGAAAUACAACUGCAGCUAUAGGAAAAGGUUUUGCCAUUGGUUCUGCAGCUUUAGUUGCCUUUGCUUUAUUUGGAGCAUAUGCAAGCAGUGCUAAUUUACGUCAUGUAAAUAUAUUAAACUCAUGGGUUAUUAUCGGUUUACUCAUAGGUGCUAUGUUACCAUAUUUAUUUUCUGCUCUAACUAUGAAAUCAGUAGCUAUAGCAGCAAAUAGUGUAUUAAAUGAAUGCUUAGAACAAUUUCCUUUAAUUUUAUCUGGUAAACAAAAACCAGAUUAUGAAAAAUGUAUUAAAAUAUCAACUGAUGCAUCAUUAAGACAAAUGAUUGUACCAGGACUAAUCUCAGUUUUCUCACCACUUAUAAUUGGUAUGCUUAUGGGAAAAUAUGCAACAGCUGGUUUAUUAAUAGGUAUUAUUUUAUCAGGUAUUCAACUAGCUUUUUCAUCAACUAAUUCUGGAGGAGCUUGGGAUAACGCAAAAAAAUAUAUUGAAUCAGGUGCUUUAGGAAAAGAACAUUGCAAAGGAUCAAAUGCUCACAAAAACUCAGUUAUUGGUGAUACUGUAGGAGAUCCAUUAAAAGAUACUUCUGGUCCAUCAUUAAACAUUUUAAUUAAAUUAUCAGCAAUUACAUCAUUAGUUUUUGCCAAUGUUAUUGCUACCAAAUUUACAUCAACAAGAGGAGGACCAAUAUGGUUAUAA